CCCCCCCCCCCCCAAAAUUCGCUCAUAUAAUACCAUCUUCGUCCUCCUCCUCCUCCUUGGUCACAGCUCCCUUCCCCCCUCGCGAACUCGAUUUUGCGCAAACCCGUUGUCCUCCCUGACUCCACACAGUUUCGCACCUCUCCUCGCAUGGAAUCGACGGCAUGGUUUCCUUCGCAUUGCGGCAUGCCGGUGGACGAUGUGGAUUAACAUCAGCCUCGGGGAGGGCAUUGCUGCCCGUGCGUGUCGGCAAGCUGCGUGAACGCGGCGUCCCGCCAUCCCCAUGGCGCUUCAUGAGCAGUUCUAACUGGAGACCGGUGUCGGCCCUGGAUGAAUGGGUCGCGAGAGAGGCCCGCCCGAUCAGCUUACGACAGCUCAUGGUUUUCGGCCGCUCCCUCACGGAAUCACGUCUUUUGAGCUCCGCAAACUACGUUCGAACCGAGCUGCCGACUCGAAUAGCGCAUCGCAUUCGAGAUAUGCAACAGCUGCCCUACGUUGUCGUUACGAACCCACACAUUAAAGAAGUCUACGAGCUAUACAACAAUGCGUUCGACACGUUUCGCAAGAUCAAGGAGAUUAAGAGCCUGGAGGACAACGAAAAGUUCUGCCAGGUAAUCGGCCGUAUGCUCAAGGCGCACCUGACCGUCAUCCCCAAGCUGUCGAUGGGAAUCCUCGAGAGCAGAGGCCGCAUGGACGCCAAAGACCUCGAUAGGUUUAUGAACACUAUCUUGAGAUCGAGAAUAUCCCGUAGGGUCAUCGCCGAACAGCACCUCGCCCUGACGGAAACAUAUCACUCGCCGUGGUUCUCGCCCGGCGCGAAGCUGUCCGAGUCCGAGUUCAUAGGUGAAGUCUUCAUCAAGUGCAUCGCCAAGGACGUCAUCGAGCGCUGCACCCGCGCUGUCCAGAGCCUCGCCCGCUCGACGUACGGCCAAGAGGUAGAUCUCCCCGAGAUCAAAGUCGAGGGCCACCUCGAGGCGAGCUUUCCCUUUAUCCUCAGCCACCUCGAAUACAUCAUCGGCGAGCUGCUCCGCAACUCCGUCCAGGCAGUCGUAGAGGGGCGACAGCAGCAGCAGGGUAAGAACAAGGACGUCAAGGUCCCACCCAUCGAGGUGACUAUUUGCGAAGCGCAGCAACACGUCAUCAUCCGCAUCUCGGACCAGGGUGGCGGCAUCCCUAGAGAGGAGCUGCCGUACCUCUGGUCCUUUAGCAAGGGGCCACAGAGCCAGCGCCGGCUGGAGAACCUGGGCCGGGUGCCCAAGCUGGCCGCCACCAUGCAGGAGCUCCACGUGUCGGACGAGCUGGGUCGGGCGGAUAUGAAGACCCCGAGCCACGGGAGCUCCCUGGCUUCGAUGACGACCCGGCCACCCGACCUGCGGCUGGGCAUGGGGCUUCCCCUGAGCAGGGUCUAUGCCGAGUACUGGGCGGGCAGCCUCGAGCUCCACAGCCUCGAGGGCUACGGCGUGGACGCGUUCCUUCAGAUAUCGAAGCUGGGCAAUAAGAACGAGCAACUGACUACUAGGGCCACGAUGGAUGCAGUGUAGUGUAGAGGACAAACCGUAACAAGGGGCGAGACGGCGUAAAUGUUAAAGAUACCAACUGGGCGACAUCAGGACAUCAUUGGACAGGCAUAUACAUGCACACACAAGGCUAGUACUUCGUUACGGGCACGCAUGAAAGAUUUAGGAUU